UGUUUUGUACUAGAAUAGGUAGCCCCCGCGUUCUCUUAUCUCUCCCUUGAACUUCCAAACUCGACUUUAUCAAUCAACAUUAACCAUCAAGUUUUCAUCAAUCUUCAAUCGCACAAACAUCAUAUAUUUUGCACUGCGCAAUUGGUCACCAUGAGCGAUCCCCUCUACUCCGGCCCUGAGCCAACCAAACUCACCAUCCACCAGACUGACUCCCCCAAGGAUUUGUUGCCGCCCGAUCAGCUGAAAUUCGGGCGGUCAUUCACUGAUCACAUACUUUGUGCUACAUGGGAUGCAAAUAAAGGUUGGAGCGCUCCAAGUAUAGAGCCCUACAAGGCGCUAUCUCUCGACCCAGCCGCAGCUGUAUUCCACUAUGCGUUCUGUUGCUUCGAAGGAAUGAAGGCAUACAAAGACUCCAAGGGCAAUAUGCGCUUGUUCCGGCCUGAAAAGAAUAUCCGCCGACUCAAUACGUCAGCAGUUCGUAUUGCUCUGCCUGCUUUUGAUGAGGACAAAGUGUUGAAAUUGCUAGCUGAAUUUACAAAAACCGAGAGUCGCUGGAUUCCAGAAGGCCGAGGUUUCGCAUUAUAUCUACGCCCAACAAUGAUUGGUACAGAGCCGGAUUUGAGUGUGUCGCGUCCACAAUCGGCUCUGCUCUAUAUUAUUGGCAGUCCAGUGGGAAACUAUUUUGGGAGCAGCGGCAUGAAGGCCAUCUCCCUAGAGGCAUGCUCUUCUCCGGUUCGUGCUUGGCCUGGCGGAGUGGGUGAUAAGAAAGUCGGUGGCAACUAUGCACCGACAAUCGUCGCUCAAGAAUCAGCCGGAACACGUGGAUUUCAGCAGGUCCUGUGGCUCCUUGGAGACCCCCAAGUGCCUGAACAGCAGUACAUGACUGAAGUGGGCACGAUGAAUCUGUUUGUCGCGUGGAUCAACCCCGAAACACAAACGAAGGAAUUGGUCACUGCUCCAUUGGACGGUACAAUUUUGCCUGGGAUUACGCGUGAUUCGAUUCUUGAUCUCGCCCAAGAGCGGCUGGUACCUCAAGGUUGGCACGUGGCCGAAAGACGCGUGUAUAUGACCGAGCUCAAGAAGGCUUCCCAGGAAGGUCGAUUGCUUGAGGUGUUCGGAGCAGGCACUGCGCUCAUCGUCAAUCCCAUACGGUCUAUUUCGUGGAAUGGAGAAGUAAUUGACUGUGGACUGAAAGAGGGACAGGAAGUUGGAGAGAUCACUAUCACAAUGAAAACCUGGAUCGAGGAUAUUCAAUACGGAGAAGUUGAGCACUCAUGGAGGUAAGUAUCCGUGAUCUUCUAAUACCGGAUGACUCGGAAUAGAGGCUAAUGAGACAGUGUUGUGAUUUGAGUUUUCAACCAAUUGCAAUGCGUAAUCCGAUGUAUUGACUCGGGAUGGGAGAGGAGAUAAGCGUAAAUCACAACGACGAUGAUGGAUAGGACAUCAGAGUUGAAUGAAGCAAUCGCGCGGUAGGCUCAAAAUGACCUGAAAUCAAUGAGGUAGAUCAGUAGAUCAAUUUGCGUUCAUUCGUAGACUGCUUUGAGAAGUAGCAAUUCUUCCUCAAAGCCCCUGUGCGA